GGUUUGAUCGGCGCUUCCCCACCUCUACAGAACUCUAACCGACGAAGUGUCAUUGUUUUUUUUUCUAAUGUAAUGGACUUAAAUCUUUGCAUUCGAAUCGAGUGAAUCCGGGACUGCAGUCUCCCCCCCGAACACCAAACACCCAAUCGAAUUCGCGGCCAGAGGAGCGGAUAGAGAGCACCGAGGAUAGAGGAAACGCUUAAAAUUGAUUUGUUUGUCCGGCCAUGUCAGUGUGUGUGUGACAAGGGCUCGUCCGUGUGCGUGCGCCUGUCGCUGUGUGUGUGUGCUCUCUUUUUUUUCUUCCUAUCGAGUGCCGCUAAAUUGAAUAAUUGCAUCCAUUAGCAUUGAAAUUUUUAAUUUGUUAAAAUAAAAACAGAGCUUCCGCUUCAGUUUGAUAUCGGUUUGGUGUUACUUUUCUGAAUAUAUUGGUAUUAUCAUCAUCAUACUCCUACAAAUCACCAUAUAAAUUAGCACAACAGAUUUCACCAAGAUAUAAAGUGCGUGAAAUUCGAUUCCAGAGUCAUGUUAAACAGCGCAAAUAACAAUUCUCCCCAGCACCCGGUGAGUGCACCAUCUGAUAUCAACAUGAACGGAUAUAACCGGAAGUCGCCUCAAAAACGGCGCUAUGAGAUGCCAAAAUAUGCUGUAUCACCAAAAAAGAAAACCUGCAAGGAGCGCAUUCCGCAGCCAAAGAAUACGGUGGCAAUGCUGAAUGAGUUAAGACAUGGACUGAUUUACAAAUUGGAGUCACAGACUGGUCCGGUGCACGCACCUUUAUUUACGAUAUCCGUUGAGGUCGAUGGACAGAAAUACUUGGGCCAGGGUCGCAGUAAAAAAGUUGCACGCAUCGAGGCAGCUGCCACAGCACUGCGAAGCUUUAUACAAUUCAAGGACGGAGCCGUCUUGUCGCCAUUGAAGCCAUCGGGCAACUUGGACUUUACCAGCGAUGAACAUCUAGAAAAUGGUAUUGAAAAUUUGUCCAACAAACAAUUGGUCGAGAUCAUUGAGCCGUUGAUGUUGACUGAAAAGAAAUCCAACCUUACCUCGCUUGAACAACCCACGUUGCGUCUUCAAAUGUUUUGCAUGAGUCAGAAUGUCAGCAAGAGUGCCAUCACUGUUGACGGUCAAAAGAAGGUUCCGGACAAGGGUCCCGUAAUGCUGCUCUACGAAUUGUUCAACGAUGUUAAUUUUGAAUGCAUUAAUAUUGACGGAGCUCAAAACAAUUGUCGCUUCAAGAUGACCGUCACGAUUAACGAAAAGAAGUUCGAUGGAACAGGUCCUUCCAAAAAGCUGGCGAAAAAUGCUGCGGCCAAAGCGGCACUUGCCUCGUUGUGCAACAUUUCCUACAGUCCAAUGGUGGUGCCACAAAAGAACGUACCCCUUCCAAUCGACGACAAGUCGUCAUCCAUGGAGUUGCCGCAGAUACAUGCCGAUACGAUUGGACGCCUGGUUUUGGAGAAGUUCAUGGAAGUAAUCAAGGGCCAGGAGGCCUACUCGCGUCGAAAGGUAUUGGCGGGCAUUGUUAUGACUGAAAACAUGAAUUUUUGUGAAGCCAAAGUUAUUUCAGUCUCGACGGGCACCAAGUGUGUCAGCGGCGAGCAUAUGAGUGUGAACGGAGCUGUCCUGAACGAUUCCCAUGCCGAAAUAGUGUCUAGGCGUUGUCUCCUCAAGUUCUUGUAUGCACAGCUGGAUCUUCAGUGCAAUCAGGCCACAGCAUAUCAGUCGAUUUUCGUGAGGAAUACUGAUGGGCAAUACCCUUAUAAACUAAAAUCCGGGGUACAUUUCCAUUUGUAUAUAAAUACAGCACCUUGUGGGGAUGCACGGAUAUUUAGUCCUCACGAAAACGACACUGGUGUUGAUAAACAUCCAAAUAGAAAAGCUCGCGGCCAGUUGCGUACAAAAAUCGAGUCCGGUGAGGGGACGAUUCCAGUCAAAAGCAGUGAUGGAAUACAGACGUGGGAUGGCGUGCUGCAGGGCCAACGCUUGCUGACAAUGUCGUGCUCGGACAAAAUUGCACGAUGGAACAUCGUGGGUAUACAAGGCUCCUUGUUGUCUUCCAUAAUUGAACCAGUGUACCUGCAUUCGAUUGUGCUGGGCAGUUUGCUGCACCCAGAGCACAUGUACCGUGCAGUGUGCGGCCGGAUCGAAAAGUCCAUUCAAGGUCUGCCGCCGCCGUAUCAUUUGAAUAAGCCCCGGCUCGCAUUGGUCACUUCGGCCGAGCCGCGGAAUCAGGCCAAGGCUCCAAACUUUGGUAUCAAUUGGACCAUUGGAGAUACCGAGUUGGAAGUGGUGAACUCGCUUACUGGUCGAACAAUCGGCGGUCAAGUGUCUCGCAUCACGAAACAGGCGUUUUUUGUUAAAUAUGGAUUUUUAAUGACAAACUUACCAGGUAUUUUAGUCCGCAAAGUAACCACAGACUACGGGCAAACCAAAGCUAACGUAAAGGACUAUCAGAUCGCAAAGCUAGAAUUGUUUUCGGCAUUCAAACGUGAAGACCUUGGCAGCUGGCUGAAGAAACCCAUUGAACAAGACGAGUUCGGUCUUGCCGAAUGACUGCACUCAGCACUAUUAUAUAAUUUAAAAAAAGACAACAGUAACGGCAAGCAAUUAAUAGAAUUAGAUGACAUAGAUUUUAUGACAAACUCUUAUGUAGAAUGCAAAUUAAGUUGGGUGCAAAGACAUCGAUAUGAAAUUCAUACGAUUGAGAACCUGCCAACAUUGCGUACCCAUUGCAACAGCAAGCACAAAGAUGCUUAUGCUCGAAAUAUGAAAAAAGGCUCUAGAAUAUUUAUAGAAUAGAAUGUAGUUUUUAUGCUGGAACUGAGUAAAGGAGUAUUAUGGCGUUUUUUUUUGAAUCAAUUCAUUUUCAAAUUGGUUAAGGCAAUCUCUUUCGCAUCUAAGUUUGCCACACGUUUCAUUUUUUAAAUCGAAAUAAAACGAUUUCGCCCCAACCACACUGUUAUAAUUUUCAAGUGAGUUGGGUUGUUUAAGUGCCCAUAUUUUACAAAAAUGUGGUAAUAAAUAAUGUUGCAAGACAGGUAAAACAAGAAGGGAAGCCCUUGCAGAUCGUUCCUAUGGCAGCUGUAUGAAAUAGCACUCCAGAGUUUCUGUAUUAUAUUGUUUUUCCUUUAUUUUCCGAUCGUUCAUAUAAUAGUCAUCCAUUUUUUCUUUUAAUUUAACUCGUUAUUCUAAAAUAUUUUUAAUAUUCCCUAAAAAGAAGAAAUAAUGUUUAAAAACAACGAAUUUAUAAUUUUUCUCUAUUAAUUUUCCGUUUUGAUGUCCCUCUGCAAGGGUAAAAAACUAUAAAACCAACAAGUAAAAUCUAUAAAUAACAAUAACCAAAACAGAAAUCUCUAGACUUUGUUCUGUUAUCGAUUAAGCAAUGUAUUUUGUUAAGUAAUGUUAUUUGCAACGACAUAAUAAUUAUAAUAAAGUCACGCUUACUAUAAGCAUAACGUAAA